AUCAAUGUUUUCAAUAUGGCGUCGGUUCGACUGAAAUCAUGUAAUUUUUGUUGGUCAUCCCUGCGGUCUUAUUCAAGAAUUUCUGCCCGGCGUGGAGGGAUUUAUAAAGUGUUUUGCGUAAAUACUGAACUGUUUGAUUUUAAACUACCAGCGCUAAAUAUUAACGGCGAUGGUUGGUCGAAUGGCAUACUAACAAAAAACUUGCAUUGUCGACACAUACAUACAUCUUCUCAAAUUAACCAGAAAGAUUAUUACAAAGUCCUUGGUGUUUCAAAGAAAGCAUCCCAGAAAGAUAUUAAGAAGGCGUAUUUUGAUCUUGCAAAGAAAUAUCAUCCUGAUACAAAUGCAUCUGCAAGUGCUGCUGAAAAAUUUCAGGAAAUAAGUGAAGCUUAUGAGGUGUUGAGUGAUGACAGCAAGAGAAGAGCAUAUGACAGUUAUGGACAAACUAAUUUUUCUGGUGGCGAUCCUUUUGGUGGAGGAAAUCCCUUCGGUGGGAUGAAUCCAGAGGACAUUUUGAAGUCUUUCUUUGGAGGGAAUAAUGCAGGACCGUUUGGAGCAGCAGAAUCUAAUUUUUCAUCUGGUGGUUUUCAAGAAAUGUCACAGUAUACCCUCAACUUGUCGUUCAUGGAGGCGGUAAAAGGAGUGAAUAAGGAAAUGUCUGCCCGAACAAGAGUUGCGUGUGAUCGCUGUAGUGGAUCUAAAGCAGAACCUGGAAGCUCAUUUUCAAAAUGCACAACGUGUCGCGGAUCUGGGCAGGAAACGGUCAAUACGGGUUUUUUCCACAUGCGUUCAACAUGUCGCCGCUGUGGCGGAAGUGGAAGUAUUAUCAAGAAUCCUUGUAGGAAAUGCAAUGGAGCUGGGAGUAUCAUGGAAACAAGGAAGGUCACCGUUCCCGUUCCUGCAGGAAUUGAAAAUGGUCAAACAGUAAGAAUGCCAAUGGGAGGUGGUGAAAUAUUUAUAACCUUCAAGGUUGAUAACAGUAAAAUAUUUGAACGUGAUGGGGCGAAUGUUCAUUCGACGGCAACAAUUAGUUAUACUCAGGCCAUUUUAGGAGGUUCUGUAAGAGUUCCAGGAUUACAUGGUGAUGUCGAUGUUAAGGUUCCAGCAGGCACACAAUCGCAUCAAAAAGUUCGGCUUUCUGGGAAAGGAAUUCCUCGACUUAACAGUAUUGGUAGAGGAGAUCAUAUUGUACAUUUUUCAAUAAAUAUUCCAAGAUAUUUGACAGAGAAACAAAGAGCACUUGUCACUGCCUUAGCAGAGCUGGAUGAAGAUUUACAAGGCACAGUGAAUGGAAUCAAUGAAAGCAACAAAACUAAAGGCAACUUUGAGGGAUCAUCUUGGGAAACAAUCAGAAAUCAAGCCAAUCAAUUCAGCGAUAAAAUAAAACAAGAUAUGAACAAUGAAAAGCAAGCUGAUUAUUCAAAUGAAAAAGACGAAAGAAAUGACAUACUUCAUGAAUCGGAUAAAACAAUGAGAACUGCUGCCUUUGUCGCAUUUUUACUUAGUACUGGGAUUUUCGCAGGAAUUAUUUUCUCUGCCAACAAUGCCUCGGGGACAAUUGCGUAAUUGACACGAAUUAUAUUUUAAAAUGACGCUUAAAACUACUAAUCUCGAGCUCACAUCGUAUAGUGUAAGAUGGUUUUAUUUUGCUUGCGAUAUCACGUCCAAGUCGUCUCACAAUGACGAGAACAAAGUAUGUAAUGAUAAUUGAAGGAAAUGUUUAAAAUAUUUUACUGGCCCUUGCUAAUCUGCCAGAUCACCUAGUAACGUACCGAUUGACAAUUUUCCCAACGAUUCAAUCUUCUAUUACCUGGUUAGGAUACCCUAGGAAUAGCGAGGAAAAAGUUUCAUAACUUCACCGAGGAUAGAAGUGUCUAUCCCUAUAGGGCUUUCUGGGGCGGACAUAAUUUGUACUGAGAACCAUGCAAACAACGAAAAAUUUCACAAUAUAAAUUCGAAAGAAUAAACCUUUCCUAUUUACAGUGCAUUGAUUGAUAGAAUAAUGAAUUCUAAAUUGUUAUGUACCCACAUGCUUUUCUUUCUCUGAUUCUGCCUUACUGCCUCCUCCGUCUUCC